CAGACUGGGGGCACACUUUACCAAGGAAGAGUAGAAAUAUAGGCUUUAAUAACCUACCACGGUCAUUUAGGUGAUUAGGUGAUGGUCAUGGUGGUCACAAUGUUAUUCAGAUUCGGUGUCAUCCUCACCCCGGAGACCUCGGAUUUAGAGGUGUUUGUGUUGGGCUCGCGCGAGGAAAUGGGCAACUGGGACCCGAGCAGAGCUGUAAAGAUGAAAGCCUCACAGCAGCUCGUGUCAACCCGUGAACCGUGUCUGUGGAUCGGAGAGGUGCAGCUGGCAGAGCCGUACAGAGACACACUGUGGUUCAAGUUCGUCAGAAGAGCCAGAGGCGGCUCUUUUAUCUGGGAAGGCAGUGGUCCGAGCCAUGACAGAUGUUGUUGCUAUGAUGAGAGGAAUGUGGUGGAUGGAGUUUACUGCCACCCCAUUGGUCACUGGAUAGAGGAAACCGGACACACAGAUGAGAUGAAACACACCACCAACUUCUACUUCAGUGUGGCUGGUCAGAAGGCUAUGCAUUUCUCAAGGGUGCUGCCGCGUGUAUGGCUGGGCAGCUGCCCUCGACAGGUGGAACAUGUGACGAUAAAGAUGAAGUAUGAGUUGGGCAUCACUGCGGUGAUGAACUUUCAGACUGAGUGGGAUGUGGUCAACAACUCUAGUGGCUGCAGACGUGACCAUAAUGAAGCCAUGACCCCUGAGACCAUGAUGCAUCUUUACAGGGAUAACAGCUUGGUGUAUGUGUGGAUACCCACAGCAGACAUGAGCACUGAAGGCAGGAUCAGGAUGCUUCCCCAGGCUGUCUUCCUGCUUCACGGCCUCCUGGAGAAUGGUCACACUGUCUAUGUUCACUGUAACGCCGGAGUGGGCAGGUCAACAGCUGCUGUGUGCGGCCUGCUCAUGUACGUCCUGGGCUGGAGCCUGAGGAAGGUGCAGUACUUUGUCACAGCAAGGAGACCAGCUGUUUACAUCGACGAGGAGGCUCUAGUCCAGGCUCAGACAGACUUUUUACAGAAGUUUGGUCGGCUUCGAUCAUCCAUCUCUUACCCCGAGACAUGAGAGCUGAGUGUCUUUAAGUCCACGAAUUUAGAGCAGAAUUUAUUGCAAUGAUAAGCUGAACUGAACUUGACUUUUGGUAUCUAACAACAUACUGUACAGUCAGCAGCGAAGCUGCCUGAAGGUGAAAAAGCCUAUAGCAAGGAAAUUAACUUCCUUCCACUUAAAUCUAAUGUACGUAAAUGACCCACUUCAUCUGAGUGGCUUUCCAAUUCUAGUUGAUCCCCGAGUAUCUAGAGAGAGCUGUGCUGGCUGCCAGCGUAGAUGCUGCAAGCAAUUAAUCCCACGGUGACGUGUUAGCUUUUAACUUCAGGAAUUAGUCUCUGUGCCAUUUAGCACUUUCACUUGCAAAUUGUGCUCUUGGAAUCAGCCAGAGGGUUUUCAGAAGAUGUUUGCAGGUUUGAUUGGAAAGACCUUUUCUUGGAAGUCUUUUAGGUAACAGACACAACUGAGAUGACAUUUUCAGUAGGCAACUUGUUAAAUUCAACAUGCAACAGAAGCUCAAAGCAAAAAUCCAAAUCAUCCCAUAACUGAGUCUGCAUAUUUGUGUUAUUCUUUUCCUCAGAGAUAAAGUAAUCCUUUUCUUUUAUUUUCUUGGAAAAAGGUCUUAAUGCUGCAAGAAAACGGCCCUCUAAUGCAAAAGAAUAAAUCAAUUCCUUAAACAAAAAACAAUGAUUUUCAGCUGCCAGACAUCCAAGAUUAAAGCUCCACCUCUCCCCUCUCAGAGUGCCUGAUAACAUUUCAUUUUUGUUUAUUUAUCCGACAGAUGCCGUUCCAGACUAUCUCCCAAAUAAUGAAAACAACAUCCCAGCCAGACCAUAUUAAUGCAUACAUAAUAAGACAUUAUUGGAAUACUGUUUGUUGUAAAUUUUGAACUUUAUGUCUAGACUCCUGCUGAAGAUCCAUUGCCUUUUCAAAUACAGUGUUAUGCUGCCUGCUCCUGAUUUAAGUGAGUUAUUGCAUCAGAAAAGAGGAGAGGUUUUUUUUCAUACACCUUCUCAUUACUUUUAACAAACUCCCUUUGGAACACAGCACCUCAUGAGGGUGUCAGCAGUUCACCCAGUGGGUGGGUGGAUUGAACUUGCAAGUCACGAUGGAUUUCCAAAUUCUAUAAAAAAUAUUCUCCCAAACCAAAUAAGGGAAACAAGUUCUUCUAUUUAAAGUUUCAGUAUGUCUUCAUUUUGGUAUGCCAUUUUGACAGUCGUACCUCGUGUCUUUACUGAUUUUGUCCUGAAAAUGCACGGUUACGUUUUCAGAAAAAAAAAAAAAUCAAGUCCUGCAUCUUUAAACCUGUCAUUUGUUGGGAUUUACCUCAGUGUUCCUUUUUGGCGUCAUUAGCUGAAUAAGGAUCUUACUACCUGCACUCCAUUUGUUAUGGGUUACAAUAGUUCAGCUCAGGGCUGGUGCAUUUCUACCGAUAGGUCCUGUUUAGUUAAGUUUGGUUUAUACCCUAAAUUUGCUUGUGUGUCUACACUCAACCGUACUCUUACUUAUUUGUCAGGGUUGUAAGGAACACUGGUUCACUUCCUUGUGGUACAUUGUAUUUCCAUUUUUUGUUUUGUUUUACUUUAGAAAAUUCAACUGUAUUACUAAACAAAAUCUAGUUUUUAAAUUAAUGAAAUAACCCCAUUUUAAACAUUACAAACUAAUUAACAUUUCAUAAAUACAACAAAGAAAAAGGUCAGCAGCCUAAUCCAGGACUAGUAAUGUACACACUCGUUUAAGAAGUAGUUACAC